AUGGGGCCCAAAAGCCCGGACGCCAAGAAGUCCUGGUGCCAGCGCUUCCUGCGCCGGCACCACCUCACCAUUCGACGCAUCUGCCACUCAGGCCGCAAGACUCGAGAAGAGCUGGAAGCUCUGCGGCUGCCAUUUGUCGAGGAAGUGACUGAGGUAGCGACGCAGCAUUGUAUCUUUGACCCUAAUACUAGCCUCGCGGUUGCACGUGCACUGUUCAAUAUGGACCAAACUUCUCUGUACUGGGAGAUGGGUACAAGGACAACAGUGGAAUUUGUCGGUGCCCCAACUGUGCGCUCAACCACAAACGAGAGUGAAGGUUACCGAUGCAUCAUGGCGCUUACCGUUUUGGCAGACGGAAGAAUUUUUCCGCCACACUUUGUUUACAAUGGUGCCCCCGGUGGAGACGUCGAGAAGGAGCUGAAUAAGUUAUGCUUAGAAGACGUGGCUACCUUUUCGGUGCAAGAGAGUGCCUGGUUUGAUGAGAGAGUGAUGUUGGAGUGGAUUGAGAAGUGCUGGAAGUAUAUCGUUGUAGAGCCAUCAGUCCUCAUACUCGAUAGCUUAUCGGUACACAAGAAAGCGGAAAUUGCCGACGCGUUGGCGUAUACGGGCACUUCGGUGCUAUACGUGCCUGGCGGCUGCACCGGUGUUGUGCAGCCUCUCGACGUAGGCGUUAUGGUCCCUGUCAAGCAGCACAUUCGUCGUCUCAAUAGCUCGCGUUCCGUCGGACGACCGAAGACUGUAACGCCUGCGUUUCGUCGGCAUCAGAUUUUCGAGCGUGCAAUGGAGGGGCUUCGUUGUGUUUCCGCCACGACAGUUCAAAACUCGUUUCUAAAGGCAGGUCCUUUCCUGCCAUAG